UUUGUGUGUUUUCUUUCCUAGGUUAGUUACUUGCACUGUAAAGGAUUUUAACAUUCCUGGGGAUUCCCCCUUUCACCUUGGCUCAGAAGGAAGCUUUGAGCCUUUGGAUUAGCUCCUGAAGAAGUACUUUGCAGGGGCCACAUAUAGAUGCUUUCAUGAAGAGGGGUGAAAAGCCAGAAGGGUACAGACAGAUGAGGCCUAAGACCUUUCCUGCCAGCAACUACCCUGGCAGCAGCCGACAAAUGCUGCAGGAGAUCCGAGAAUCCCUUAGGAAUUUAUCAAAACCAUCUGAUGCUGCGAAGGCCGAGCAUAACCUGAACAAGAUGUCCACUGAAGAUCCCAGGCAGGUGAGAAAUCCACCCAAAUUUGGCACACAUCAUAAAGCCUUGCAAGAAAUUCGAAACUCUCUACUGCCGUUCGCAAAUGAGACGAGUUCUUCCCGAAGCCCUUCAGAAGUUAAUCCACAGAUGUUUCAGGAUUUGCAGGCUGCUGGCUUUGAUGAGGACAUGGUUAUUCAAGCUCUUCAGAAAACCAAUAACAGAAGCAUAGAAGCGGCUGUUGAAUUCAUUAGUAAACUGAGUUACCAAGAUCCUCGUCGAGAGCAGAUGGCGGCAGGAGCUGCCAGACCUGUUAAUGCCACCAUGAAACCAGGAAAUGUGCAACAUUCAAUUAACCGAAAACAAAGCUGGAAAGGUUCUAAAGAGUCUUUAGUUCCUCAAAGACACGGUCCAUCUCUAGGAGAAAAUGUGGUUUAUCGUUCUGAAAGCCCUAACUCACAGGCGGAUGUAGGAAGACCUCUGUCUGGAUCUGGCAUUACAGCAUUUGCUCAAGCUCACCCAAGCAACGGACAGAGAGUGAACCCCCCACCACCACCUCAAGUUAGGAGUGUUACUCCGCCACCACCUCCGAGAGGCCAGACCCCACCUCCACGAGGCACAACGCCACCUCCCCCCUCAUGGGAACCAAACUCUCAGACAAAGCGCUACUCUGGGAACAUGGAAUAUGUAAUCUCCCGAAUCUCUCCUGUUCCACCUGGGGCGUGGCAGGAGGGCUACCCUCCCCCACCUCUUAACACUUCUCCCAUGAAUCCCCCUAACCAGGGACAGAGGGGCAUUAAUUCUGUUCCAGUUGGUAGACAACCAAUCAUCAUGCAAAGUACUAGCAAAUUUAACUUUACUCCAGGGAGACCUGGAGUUCAGAACGGUGGUGGUCAGACUGAUUUUAUCAUGCACCAAAAUGUUGUCCCCACUGGUUCUGUGAGUCGGCAACCACCACCUCCAUACCCUAUGACCCCAGCUAACGGACAAAGCCCUUCUGCCUUACCAACCGGGGGCUCUGCUGCUCCGCCAUCCUACACCAAUGGCAGCGUUCCUCCGUCGAUGGUGGUGCCGAGCAGGAACAGCCACAACAUGGAGCUCUAUAAUAUCAGUGUCCCUGGACUCCACACAGCGUGGCCCCAGUCGGCUUCUGCGCCUGCGCAGUCAUCCCCAAGCGCUGGGCAUGAAAUCCCUACAUGGCAACCUAACAUACCAGUGAGGUCAAAUUCUUUUAAUAACCCAUUAGGAAGUAGAGCAAGUCACUCUGCUAAUUCUCAGCCUUCCGCCACUACAGUCACUGCGAUCACACCAGCUCCUAUUCAACAGCCCGUGAAAAGCAUGCGCGUCCUGAAACCAGAGUUGCAGACUGCUUUAGCCCCAACCCAUCCUUCUUGGAUGCCACAGCCGGUUCAGACCGCUCAGCCUAGCCCUUUUUCUGAGGGUACAGCGUCAAACGUACCUGUCAUCCCGCCCGUUGCUGAAGCCCCAAGCUAUCAAGGGCCACCACCGCCUUAUCCAAAACACCUGCUACACCAAAACCCAUCUGCUCCUCCAUAUGAAUCAGUAAGUAAGCCCUGCAAAGACGACCAGCCUAGCUUACCCAAGGAAGAUGACAGUGAAAAGAGUUUGGACAGUGUUGACUCUGGGGAUAAAGAAAAGAAGCAGAUUACAACUUCACCUAUCACUGUCCGGAAAAACAAGAAAGAUGAAGAGCGCCGAGAGUCUCGUAUUCAGAGUUACUCCCCACAGGCCUUCAAAUUCUUCAUGGAGCAGCACGUGGAGAAUGUCCUCAAGUCUCAUCAGCAGCGCCUGCACCGGAAGAAGCAGCUAGAAAAUGAAAUGAUGCGGGUCGGAUUAUCUCAAGAUGCCCAGGAUCAAAUGAGAAAGAUGCUUUGCCAGAAAGAGUCUAACUAUAUUCGUCUUAAAAGGGCUAAAAUGGACAAGUCCAUGUUUGUAAAGAUAAAGACAUUAGGCAUAGGAGCGUUUGGUGAAGUCUGUCUAGCAAGAAAAGUCGAUACUAAAGCUUUAUAUGCAACAAAAACUCUACGAAAGAAAGACGUUCUGCUCCGCAAUCAGGUGGCUCAUGUGAAGGCGGAGAGAGACAUCCUAGCAGAGGCUGACAACGAGUGGGUGGUCCGCCUCUACUACUCCUUCCAGGACAAGGACAAUCUGUACUUUGUGAUGGACUACAUUCCUGGGGGUGAUAUGAUGAGCCUGUUAAUCAGAAUGGGCAUCUUUCCUGAAAAUCUGGCACGAUUCUACAUAGCAGAACUUACCUGUGCAGUUGAAAGUGUUCAUAAAAUGGGUUUUAUUCAUAGAGAUAUUAAGCCUGACAACAUUUUGAUUGACCGCGAUGGCCAUAUUAAAUUGACUGACUUUGGCUUGUGCACUGGCUUCAGAUGGACACAUGACUCCAAGUACUAUCAGAGUGGGGAUCACCCACGGCAAGAUAGCAUGGAUUUUAGUAACGAAUGGGGAGACCCUUCCAACUGUCGGUGUGGGGACAGACUGAAGCCACUGGAGCGGAGAGCUGCCCGCCAGCACCAGCGAUGUCUAGCACAUUCUCUGGUUGGGACGCCCAAUUAUAUUGCACCUGAAGUGCUACUACGAACAGGAUAUACACAGCUGUGUGACUGGUGGAGUGUUGGUGUUAUUCUUUUUGAAAUGUUGGUGGGACAACCGCCUUUCUUGGCACAAACACCAUUAGAAACACAAAUGAAGGUUAUCAACUGGCAGACUUCUCUUCACAUCCCUCCCCAAGCUAAGCUGAGUCCUGAAGCCUCUGACCUCAUUAUCAAACUUUGCCGAGGACCAGAAGACCGCCUGGGCAAGAACGGUGCUGACGAAAUCAAGGCCCAUCCGUUUUUUAAGACCAUUGAUUUCUCUAGCGAUCUGAGACAGCAGUCUGCUUCAUACAUCCCUAAAAUCACACACCCGACAGACACGUCCAAUUUCGACCCUGUUGAUCCCGAUAAGCUGUGGAGCGACGGCGAUGAGGAAGAAGGCGUCGGUGACACUCUGAACGGGUGGUAUAGGAACGGGAAGCACCCCGAGCACGCGUUCUAUGAGUUUACCUUCCGCAGGUUUUUUGAUGACAAUGGCUACCCAUAUAAUUACCCAAAGCCGAUUGAGUAUGAAUACAUUAAUUCACAGGGCUCAGAGCACCCGUCUGAUGACGACGAUCAACACACAGGCUCAGAUGUAAACAACCGUGAUCUAGUGUAUGUCUGAUAAACUAGGAGGAGUUGUAAGAAUUGGCAAAAGGCCUGAAAUGCAGGGUUUUCUGAGGUUCUGAGAAGAUUAUGCAAAUGUGACAGAGUUUGUGUGCUCUGUGUACAAUAUUUUAUUUUCCUAAGUUAUAGGAAAUUGUUUUAAAAUGUUAAUUUAUUCCACCCUUUUAAUUCAGUAAUUUAGAAUAAAUUGUUAUAAGGAAAGUAAAUUAUGAACUGAGUAUUAUAGUCAAUUCUUGGUACUUAAAGUACUUAAAAAAUAGUGCUCUGUUUAAAAAGAAAAGCCUGGUAUCUUUUGUAUAUAUGCUAAAUAAUUUUAAAAUUCAAGAGUUUUUGAAGAUUUUUGAAAGACAGUUUUAUUUUGCUUUAACCAAAUAUGAAACAUACCCAUCCCCCUGUAACUUUGGUUUUAGUUCACAGUAAGCUAAGGAAAUCACGCCAUCGUUUUAGAAAGUGUUCUUAGAGUAAUUUUAAUCUUGAAGUCGAGUCCUGGAAUCACAAACACAGAGCGAAAACAAUAUGUUCAUUAGAAAUAAUGCAGCUUACCACAGAAAUCUGUAACCUAGCAUUUUUCUUCCAAAUACCGCUUUAGAAGAAGCCUGAGCACUACUAGUUUUGUUCCCAUAUUGGUAUUAAUGCUGCUUCCAGUUUUUGUUUUGUUUUAUUGGAAUUUUUGUUCUGUUUUUUGGGGGGGGGGGUGUUUUUUGGGUUUUGUUUUUGUUUGGAGGGUUUCUUUCUCUCUCUCUCUCUCUCUCUCUCUCUCUCUCUUUUUUUUUUUUUUUUUUUUUUUUGGUUUUGAGACAGGGUUUCUCUGUAGCCCUAGCUGUCCUGGAACUCACUCUGUAGACCAGGUUGGCCGCAGAUUCACAGAGAUCCACCUGACUCUGCCUCCCGAGUGCUGGGAUUAAAAGCGUGCGCCACCACCACCCAGCUGUUCCCAGUUUUAAAAGGGAACAAAGUUGCCAUAAAUUUCAAACUGAAAACUAAGGUCUGUAAUAUUUUUAUCUUAAGAUUAGAAGAAAAAUUUCCAUCUCCUAAGCAAAGAAAUUAUUUUCAGUUUGUAAAAUUUUUAUUAGAAUUUACAUGUAUGUACUCACUAAAAAAGUACAUUUUCAAGGGGCUGGGGACAUGGCUCAGUGGUAGAGCACUUGCCUAAUGUACACAGAGCCCUGGGUUCAGUCUCUAGCCCCCGCCACAUAAAGGCACCUUUGUUGUACAGUGACCAAUGUUGAUUGUGUCAUCGAUGCUAUAGAUUUCCUCUUUCAGAACAGUGCUACAAUACAAAUUGUUGGCAAAGGAAAUGUAACUAUUUGGCACUAUUAUACCUAAGAGUAGAAUAAUUGGUUAAUUAUUAAUUAUUAAUAACUCUUAAUUGGGGUGACCAUUCCUAAUUAGAUAUAUAGUUUAGAAAGUGAGGACUUGCUAAGUUAUUUAAGGUUAAUGUCCUAUUUAUAUAAUGCUUAGGUUCUAAGGAAGCUGUGAAUUCAUAACACAGUGCAGAGUACAUGGUUUGGGAAGAAAAAGAAGGCUGUAGCCUGACUUUAGUAAAGUUUGUGUAUUAUUUCAUUUUUUCAAGGUUUAUUGACAUGAAUUGCUUUAUGAGACUUAAUGUUUGUGGAUAGGAAUGAUAUUUACCUAUCUAGUUUUCUUAUAAAAGAUAAUUUGUUUAAAACUAUAUGUAUAGUAAAAUUAAAGGUAAAGCUAUUUGGUUGAAUUGGGGAGACAGGAAAACAUUAGCUUACACUUUCUUGUUGAGCCUGGAACCUGGCACACGUACAAGUGGCCUUCAGACUACAGGUUCUUUUGAGAUAAAGACCAUGUGAACUCAGGCCCUACUGGAGAAAGUUUGUGCAUCAACACAUACACUAAAAAGUGUUGAAUGCACUCUCAAUAGACCCUGGGUGUGAUAAAAACUUCCCAGACAACAGGUAAAGACCUAUGUCCUGUGAGUAAAUUGCUAUAUCAAAGUAAAAACUUCCUUUUAAUUUAUUGCACAGUGCUCACGUGAGCGCAUUUAUAAAGCAAUGAUCUGCUAUUGGAGUGACCCUGUGAAGGCCGGCACAACACACACGUCUUAAAACACUAUUUUGAUGGCACUGAAAUGUCUUAUGUUUCUGAGGAUUCCUAAUGAGAACUGUAAGAGAAUGUGCUAUCACCAAACAGUCUUUACAAUGUGGCGCAUUUGAAUAGUCUGUAAAACCCUAUGCAAAACAUGGAUUCAGGAAUGUUGGAGUCGGUCCCCAGGUCUGUGACACAGCCCUCUUAUUCUUUGGGCUCUUCACUCAGACCAGCAGUUUUCAUUUCGUGGUUUUACACCUGGAUUAUGUUGCAAUACAGGAGAAAACCAGCUUUGUCAUGUUCACACUGCAGGACCGCUAAGGUGCUGCCUCCUCCCCACAGCAUAUUUCCUCAGAACGUAACCACCACAGAUGAUAAGUCCUUCUAUGCUUCCCUCUGACAGUCUGCACGUCUGGCGUUUGUCUGGGGCAGCAUACAAGGGCUUGGUAUCUGCGCCUUUAGUACUUUGGAUGCCCAUGUUGGCCACUUUACCCCCUGACUACACCCAGGUCUCCCAACAAAGGAGCUGCUACUCUCUGAGCAAACAAUGAGAACAGCAUAAAAAACGCAGACACUUAACUGAAAGGGCGACGCCGACGACGACGCUCUCCCGCUCCUAAGCCUGCCGCCCCGUGCUCGCCCCUCUAAUGUGUAUCAGUGGUAUUUAUGAAAUGUGUUCUAUAGUUAUGUAUGUGUACAUACUGUUGUGUAUCGUUCCGUGAUGUCCUGAGGCUGGCCCUGUUGCUUGUCUGUCCCACCUUCCUAUUUGUAAUAGAAACUAUAGAAUGUAUGACUAAGAAGUCACUUUGAGAUUGACUUUUUUAAAAAGUUAUUUACCUUCUGCUGUUGAGAAGUGCAAAACUGUGAGUGAAAAUGUUUUAUUCUGGUUUAAUAAUAUGUUAGAAAUUAGAAACCCAGUGGGAGGAGUUUUUAGAUAUGCUGCUGCUGUUACCCAAGGUACAUUAGAAAUUUUUCUUUAAUAAAAAAAAAAAUCCCUUUGAUAUUUAAAGUAAAACAGUGUGUUUUUUAAUCUAAAAAUGUAAUUUGGGUCAACAUAUUGGUAUAUUUGUAAAGUGCCUCCGUACAUUCCUUUGUGGAGGGCACUGCCCAGUUUACUUUUAUAUUAUGUAUAUAAGUAUUUUGUAUUGAAAUGGAAUCAACGGCAACUCUACCAUUUUAUAGAACAGUGCUUUGCUAGAAAAAAAAUUACAGCUUUGCAAUAUAACAACUGUUUUGGAUAUUUCUGAAUGUAAUAGGACAAAUGAUCAGUCUGUUUUUAAUGAAUCUAUUUGUACUUUUCCCAAUCAUUUCCUCUAGUGUAAUAUUUGCUGGGAUAAUAAAAAAAAAAGCAAACUUCAAAUUUUUCAA